AUGGCCGGCAAAGUGGACAAGUCGAAGAAGCUGGAGCCUGUGCCGAAGCCGGACGAGAAGCUCUACCGGGAUCGCAUUCAGGCUGAGACGGCCGCCAUUGACGAGUUGCGCGCCAAAAUCAAUGAGCUGCAGCAAAAGAUUUCCGCCGUGAUUGGCGGGCGGGAGGAGUACAACAUGGAGAAGCAAAACAGGCAGGCUCGUCUGGACGCGUUGCAGAAAGAAAUCGACCAACUCGAGGAGCAGCGCAAAGUCUUGUUCGAGAAGAUCCAGUCGAAGCAGAAGGAGGGCGCGGAAAUGAAACAAUCCGCAACGGACCUGCGCCGCAAGAUCGGCUUCGCGUCCGUGGAGGACAUCGACCAGAAGAUCGCGGCGCUCGAACACAACAUGAUGACUUCUACUCUUUCUUUGAAAGAAGAAAAGCAGUUUUUGGAAGAAAUAAAACGUUUGAAGAGCAGCAAGCCGCUGCUUUCCAAGUACCAGGCGCUGGAGCAGAGCGCCAGCAGCCUGGAGGACACCUCCGUGGUGCCUCUGAGAGCAAUGCUGGACGAAGUGCGCACGAAGCUGCUGGAGCUCCGCACGCAGAAGCGCGAGGAGAGCCAGAAGUACAAGGAGCUUUUGGAAAGAAGGCAAAAGGCCACAGCCCCGGGGCGCGAAAUGAUUGAAGAGAGAGAACGGCUUUCUGCAGAAAUGAAUAAACAUUUUGUGAAUAUGCAGAAGCACCAGGCGUACAUGCAGCAAGUAAAGCGGGAGCGCGGGCUGAAGCUGCGGGAGGAGCGCGAGCGCCGCAACUUGGAGAACGAACGCAUGCAACUCUCCCGAGAUCUCGAAAGAGUCGAGUCCGAACUUCCUUUCGAAGCUGAGUGUUUGCUGCUUUCGCAAACAAUUCAAUUUUUGCAAAAAAUCCUCGAAGAGCCCGCGAGCAGCAGCACCGAAAAAGGGCCUGCGGAGGAGCCCGUGGACGAGAAGCUGGCGGGGGCCCUGCUGCCGAAGAGCCAGCGCAAAGAAGUUUUCUUUUAUGCGCCGAAGACUAAGGGAAAACAGCCGAAGGAUUUGGAGCGGAAGAAGGAAAGGCCCAAGACCCUCAAGUACGACGUGGGCACUCUGGCUUACUUCGAGCAGUGCGGCCUGACUGCGCCAGUUCUGAUGGAAGAAGUUCCGACUUGUUUGGAAAAACUGGAAGCAAAACUGAAAAACUUCAAAGAAUUGCAGCACGAAAGUGCACAAAAGGUCGACGAGCGGAAGGCGGAAAUCCUGGCGAAGAUCCAAACUGUCAACGAAAAGAUAACAGCGCUGAUGAAGAAAGAAGAAAAAGCUCAAGACGAUCGCGAGGGAGAAACGGCAGCAGAUGGAUCGCCGACAGCCGAAGAGGCCGACGACGAGUGA